AUGAUUUUUGGAGCAUUUUCUUACCUUUUGAGUUCAUAUGAUUUUUGUGUACUUCUUCCUCUCAAAUUCUCCUUUCUGGACCUCUGCUGCACUACCAGCUCCAUAUCCCAAUUGCUGGUCAAUCUCUGGGGCCCACAGAAGACCAUUUCUUAUGCCAAUUUCAUGAUUCAAUUCUACUUUUACUUAGCAGUAGCAAGCACUGAGUGUGUCUUGUUGGUGGUGAUGUUAUAUGACUGUCAUGUAGCUGUGUGCUUGUGUUACACUGUCCUCAUGCACCCUCAAUUUUGCCAACUGUUAGCUGUGGCUUGCUGGGUAAGUGGUUUUGUAAACUCAGCAUUCAAUUCCCUCUUUGCCUUCUCGUUACCAUUGUGUGGAAAUCAUCAAGUGGAUCACUUCUUCUGUGGAAUUCCAGCACUCCUGAAAUUAUCAUGUGUUGAUAAUCAUGCCAAUGAGCUGACCCUCAUAGUCACAACAUCUAUUUUUGUUCUUAUACCUCUUAUCCUCAUUCUGACAUCUUAUGGUGACAUUGCUUGGACUGCACUGAAGGUGCAUGUUUUGGAGGAGACAGUACCAAUUAAUGACUGA